UGAAUGUGGAUGUGAUAAAAUAAUUUAAUAUGUAAUCUUUGAAUUUUCUCAUUAAAUCAAUUUAUCUAUGCUCUUCUGACAUGUUUGGCUAUCUUUGACUUGUUUUAGUUGAAGGUUCGGAUGUCGUUUUAACAUGUGUGUUUAAUGUAUAAAAUUGACUGUAUUAUAUUUGAAAUGGUAGAAAUUAUCGAUGUGUAAUGUGAAUGGACAAUGUUUUGUUGAUUUGUAACAUAUUGAUAUAAGGAUGGAGUGCUUUUUGCCUUCCACUGCUUUUGUUACUAGGAAACGUGCAGAUCUUACAGAUAGUUGUGAUUCUACAAAAUGCGUAGAAGGAUCUGAUAUGAAUUCUGGCUCCUCAAACAUAUGUGAUGUUUACACCCCUAUUGGUAACUCAGGUUGUACUGAUAAGUCUCAUGACUACUUAGAUUUACCUGGUGCUGUUGUUGAUAAUGAAUGUGUAAAAAAGGAAUUUUCAUACUGCAAUGAAGUUAAAACUGGUGUGCUUGAUACUGACUUCCAAGAUGUUUGUGAAUCUCCACGUAUGACAUCGGUUGAUCGUUUGAACAGAUUAAAAAAUGAACUUAGUUCCACAAAUACUACAACAAAAAUUCCACAAUUUGGCUAUGAACCAGUUGACGAACCAAUUGACGAACCAUUUGUUCCCGUUUCAACGGAUCCACUUGAAUCUACUCAUUCCAAUUCAGGUUCUACAUCACCAUCAACUACUACUCCUGUUAAAUCUGUACGUUCAUCUAACAGGAGACUGGAUGUGUUGAACAGUAUCAUCAGGACUAGACUGGAUGAACCACAUGUCAACAUCAGUGAUGAUGAAACUAAGAAUCCUAUCCUGGCUAACUCUGUGAGACGUACCAAGGGUCUUUCCUCUAACACUGCUGAUGUUCGAAGAUCUUUACAGGUUCUGGGCAGUUCUCGGUGUUGGACUGACCGUUUCGAGAACCAGGAUCCUGAUGAUGAUGACUCCGUAUCUGCUACUCAGAGUCCUGUUAGAAGUUUGAAUAGUUUAAUGAAUUCACAGGCCGAUGUUUCCGAUUCAUCUUAUCGACGACCUGUAUGGGAAUCUACACCUAAUUUCACUCCAAUCAGAUCCAUAAGUAGUAUCAACAGAUUUCAAACUGACAACAGCUCUAAAGGUGAUAGUUUGGAUAUGUUUGCUAGUACCAGUAUUGCUCAGAUGUCUCGGAUGCAAUUCAAUCCUAUGUCAAAUGUAACCCUAACUAGGGAAGAGAUGUGCAGAGCCAACUUAUCAGGGGAGUUAUUAGUUCUUCACAAACAUUUCCAAAAUAUCUGUACUGUGAUUAACCGUUCCAUGAAGAGGGAUGAUAAACCCUAUUUCCGUGUUUUAAGAACUCUAGUUCAACGUCUAUCACGCAAGUCAUUUACCAUGGAUCAUUUAAGGAAGGUACUUUGGCUGGCUCCCAACUUGAUCAGUGUAAAGUGGGUCCUUAUAAGUGAAUCAUUCAGAAAGAAAUAUCCUACUGAGUACAAAGAGUCUACUGACAAGGUCUACGAUAUUACUAUUAAGAUCCUUCGACCUGAUCUUUCUAGCUGUUACAAUAACCAGGACUAUGAGACAGCUUGUUUUCUCUUCAAGACUAUUUUAUGCUGUUGGUCACUGAAAUGUGAUUCUGAGAACUUGGUUGAUUUCGAUGUCCCCAUGGCUGAACUCCCAGAGAAGACCGUUAGGUCCAAUUUAUCUACCCCAAUCAGGGAUACUACUCCCAGAUUUGACACACCCAUGAGAAGUGUCACACCUAGAGUAUAUGAUACACCCAUGCGAUCUAUCACAGCUAGAAUUAAUGAUACACCAAUGAGAUCUAUCACAGCUAGAGUUAAUGAUACACCAAUGAGAUCUGUUACACCCAUGAGAGGCUAUACUCCUAUCAGGGACACUACUCCAGUUCGAAGUGUGCUAAGGUCUGAUUUCCCUAUCUGCGUCGAUAACACACCUUGCAAGACUUAUAAGUUGAAUGACGAUGACACAUAUGAAACAUCUUCCAAGAGGAUGAGAACAGAUAGUAUUUCUCCAAUGUCUGUUGACCUGCUUGACACACCUGGUAUGAAUAGGAUUCGUGAGAACAUUAAGAAGUUAGCAGAGACUAAUCAACCACCUGAUCCUCAGAAUGAUUUGAAAUUCUGGAUUGACAUGAGGUGGUUUACCAAAAUCCUUCUAGAAAUUAUCGUUAGUGAUACUUCACCAAUCAUGAAACUCGAAUUUCUAGUUGAUUUCAUAGUCAAGUAUGGCUCAAGGAAAGUAACUCAAGAUCAAGUUACAAGAUGGGUUGACACAUUGUCUGAGAUUGACCCUUUAAUUUUACACAAGGGUAUAUCUAAAUUUGAAGACUACACAACAGUUAUUACAAUCAACAAAUCAGCCUCCUUCGACAAUGCCCUGGAUUACAUUAAUAAUAAAAUAAAAACUCUUAAAUCAUUUUAAUUUAGUUAACACCUUUUAUCCCAUUUAUCUUUAUAGAAUCACUACUCAGACUUAUCUUGUCAAUUAUCACCUUAGGUGAAUCAAUGUAGUAAAUCCAC